GCGGCGGAUUCAAACGGAAGAUGAAAGAUGGCCGCGGAGAAAGACACCGAUGUAAAUAAACGAGACCGAAGGGGCACGGUGUGCAAUGUGGUGAUCAGUCAGGAGUCGGAAACGCCCAUCAUCUUCAACCCUGACUUCUUCGUGGAGAAGCUGCGUCACGAGCGGCCCGAGGCCUUCACCGAGCUGGUGCUGAGUAACAUCACGCGGCUCAUCGACCUCCCGGGAGCCGAAUUCUCACAGCUACUAGACGAGGCGCCCAAGACGCCCAACGCCACUGCGGCCGGAGGCUUCUUCCGCUCGUUCAACUUCCUCAAACGCAAAGACAAAUGUGUUGUGUUCGGCAUGCCUCUCACGGAGGAAGGAAUAGCCCAGAUAUAUCAACUCAUUGUGUACCUCAGCAAAAAUCUGCAUGUGGAGGGUCUGUUUCGGGUUCCUGGGAACAGCCUGAGACAGCAGACGCUGAGAGAGCAGCUCAACAGCGGUGCAGACAUCGACUUCUCCUCCGGUGACUUCCAUCCCAACGAUGUGGCCACGCUCCUCAAGAGCUUCCUGGGGGAGCUGCCCGAGCCCCUGCUGACCCAGCGGCACCUGCACGCUCACCUGAAGAUCACAGAGCUGAGCCUGUUUGACGAUCACGGCAACAAGACGAGUCUGCCGGAUAAGGAGCGUCAGAUCGAGGCGCUGCAGCUGCUGCUGAUGCAGCUGCCCACCGCUAACCGAACCCUGCUGAAGCUGCUGCUGGACCUGCUCUACCACACCGCCAAACAGCAGGACAAGAACAAGAUGUCCGCGCACAACCUCGCGCUCAUGUUCGCCCCUCACGUCAUCUGGCCCAAGAACAUGAAUGCCAGUGACCUUCAGGAGAACCUGAAGAAACUGAACAGCAGCAUGGCGUUUCUCAUCAAACACUCCCAGAAGAUCUUUCGGGCUCCGGCGUAUCUGAGGGAACAUGCCAGACUUCAGUUCGUGAACACCAGACUGAUCCACUCCAAGGAUGAUCUGGAGCUGCUGUCGGUCGGUGGUUCUCCGUUCGCGUCGGCGUGUAAGAGGAGCGCAGCGCCAGUGGACAGUCACACAGAAGAGGCGCUCAGAGAGCUCUGUCGACACGUCACCGAUCACAUGCCAAACUCCGCCAAGAAGAAAAAACUCAUCCGACAGCUCGGCAAGCCGUCGAGUCCCAGCACUCCUGUGAGCGAGAGCACGACUCCGACCAGUAAAAGACACACGCGCUCGCGCUCCUUCGGCGGACUCAUCAAGAAGAAGGUUUUGGGGAGUCAGCCCGGCGCAGACAGGAGGGGGCGGCACGCGUCUCCUCCGGGGAAGGAGAACAUCAGCCGUGAUCCGGCGAGCUGAACAACAUCAGCGUGGCCUGUGUUUGUCUAUAUUGUGAAUUCUGCCCGAAUAGAAGUCUUCACUCCAGACGACCAGAGGAGAGAGUUUUUUAUUUUAAUUAUUUAUCUCUUUAUAUUCUGUGCUGUUUUAACAUACUACAUGUUGAGACUAAUUUUCAUUUAAUGUGAAUUUCUUUUAUUUUUUUAAUUCGCUGUAUGGUUUUAAACUGUUACAUCAGGUUUAAUGGGCAAACCACUUGUCAGUUACACUGGGCCUUUCAGCCUGACCCAUGAUAAGAUUGAUAAGCCGGUGUGUAUAUAUGUGUAAAUAUAUUUGUGUGUGGAAGCGUGUGCUGAUAUCUGGGCUGUACACAUCUCACAUUAAUCGCUCAAUUCAUGCUGUAAACAGAUUUUAAGGGAACGAUAGACAACAUUUACUCACAAAAGUGUAUUACUGUCAUUUAGAGAUCUGCGAGAAUAUAAACCGGUGUUUGUUUACAUAUAUAGAUAUUGUCUUAAUAACACUGUGAACGUUCAAAAUAUGGUAUUUUGUGACCAGAACAAGACAAAUGUGAUUUUUUUUUUUUUCAAAACUUGAUGUCGCUUUUCAGGCCCAAAUCAUCAGCCGACUAAAGUUUCUAUGUGAUUUAACCACUAAGUCAAAUAGGUUCAUGUAUUUUUGUAUAAAAAUUGAUUUCAGUGUACGAUGAUUUUGUGUGUUCAUAUUGAGAAGUGCACAAAGCAGCCGCACUGUCAGGUUUUAUUUGGAAGGGUUUUGGGUGCGUGUCAAGGGUCUCGGCGAGGUGUUUCGGAGGUUUUCGUGUGUUACAGGUGCGAUGGAUGAAGGUGCAGAGGUUGGGAUGUAAGUGCUUGUGUGAACUUGAGUUGGGUAUUAAAGGAUGUUGUGAAAGGAAGCGCUGUUAAUGCUGGUUUGGCUUUGAUCCUGAACGUCUCUGUCUUAUUCCUCAAAGCAGAGUGUGUUUUUCAUGUUCCUGGAGGCCGCUGUGAUGUCACUUCCUUUCAUUGUCUUCAUAUAUAUAUAUAUAUAUAUAUAUAUCUCUUUCAGAUGUGUUCGGUCACAAGUGCUCUCCAAAUGCACAUCCCCUCGACUGAUGAAUUGCUUUUCCCUUUUUUCUCCCGUUUUAAUGCCUUGACUCAAAUGUAGCCUUUGUAAAUCUAUAUUUUAAGCCUGCAAUGUUGAAAAAGGGGUGGGUGGUUAACUUGUUUAAAAACUGGAAGUAUUAAAUAAAGCGUCUUUCACCCCAGUAAAUAAGCAUGCGAGCUUUCAAGUGUAAAAUGGCAUGUUCAUGGUGGACUUUGCAAUACACAAAUUCAAAUACGUUUUCAGAAUAAUCAGCAAUUGCUGAAGCGUUUAAGCUAAGAAGAAGAGAGAAAUUCCUAAAGUUUUUCAGGUUUAGAUAUGGGUGCUAUCUGCAAACGUGUAAUUAGCACUGUGCAGUUAUUAAUUGGGAUGUUUUAUGUAAUUGUGUGUGUGUACAGGUGUGUGUGUGGAGAUUGGGGAUGCUGUUAUCUGUUGGAAAAGAUGUGAUGUAACAAAUUGGGGAAAUCAUUGAUUUUGUUUUCAAAUUAAACGUGUUCUAUUUUCCUUUUUUACGUUACAGUAAUCAGAACUGGAGGUGUUUUUUUUUUUAUUUUUUUUUUACAUUUUGUAUUUGAUCUGUGAAACAUUUGUAUUUGAUCUGCUUUAGUACAACGAGCGCUUCUGCGUAUUUCAUUUUUUUAUUAAAUCUUUU